AUGGCGGAUCCGAACGAAGACUAUGGAGAACAUCCCUGCAUUAAGGCGCAGAAGGCUUUGAUGGCACAACAGAGCCAAGAGGCUCAAACUAUCAUCCGCUCGGCUUGCUCCGAGUGUAGACGCCGGAAACAAAAGUGUACUCGGUACUGGCCAUGUCUGCACUGUGGAAAUAGGGGUUUCUCUACCAACUGUGUCUUUCAGACAGUUCUCGAUAUAAAAUCCCCCGAGGAGCGCCGGACUCAACUCAAACAGUUGGUGGCGCAAAUAGAGGGAUUAUGUUGCUAUUCUCACGAGUUACUCGAUCCAGUGGAUGGCGAUAGUGACGGCAGUGAUGUUGAUCUCGAGGCAUUGGGCUACUCUGCUUCCCAUGUUGCCUCGAGUUAUAGCGGCCCUCGCAAGUACCUCGCCUCCGCUAACACCGCAGCUCAGGAGAGACGGCGUACAAUGCCAGAUUCCGUAAAGCCUGGCCGCUCUCCUCAUUUGCAAAAAGCCAUUCAGGCUCUCCCGUCCAGAUCAUGCGUUGAUGCCCUAGUGGAUAACUUUCUAGACUUUGUCAACUUUCGUUACUACAUUGUUCAUCCGGUGAUGUUCAGACGAGAGUACCGAAAUUGGUGCAGCCUUGCUUACAAUGAUAAUCACGUUGAGCUUCAGUGGACUGCUCUCCUCCUAAUGGUCUGUGCGUAUUCUGCUCAGUAUCCCAGCGACGCACUUCAUCGUGCUUUUAAGGCGGAGCAGAGCCACCCAAUUCACCAAUUAUCCGAGAAGUAUCACGAGACAGGCCGUAAGCUUGCAACGAGGAUUCCAUUGGGAAGAUAUGAUCUACACGCCAUUCAGACCUAUCUACAUUCGUCCCUCUUCUUCAAGACGAAGGCUCGGUAUCCUGAAUGCCGGCGUGAUUUGACAACUGCCGUCCAAAUUGCCAGCAAAAUGGACAUCAGCCAUGAAGAAACUACGAGUCCGCUUUUCGAUUAUAAUAUGGAAAUGGGGAGUCGAGCUUGGGUAAUCAUGUGCGCAUGGGACUGGCAGCUUGGAAACAUGACCUCACACCCUCUUAUUCUGCAGUCCAAUCUCUACUAUGCUAAACCGCCCGGAAUCCUACUGGAUGAAGAGCUAAAAGAGCCUCCACCCUCUCCCGGCUUGUUCAUGUCGCUUCAAUCCGAACUCGGGAGCGCAUUGUUACAGUCGUUUGGAAGGCAUAGGCCUCUGGAAGAAAUAGAAGAUGUUAGAAAACACAGUAACAUCGUAGAAAGCUGGGCCGCGCGAUUGCCGCCUCAAUUCUUUCUGCGAAACCCCGACACAGGUCUGGAUGAAGAUUAUCCAUGGCUUAGAUUCCAGCGAUUCAGUCUUACCAUGAUGGGAACUUUGUCGUUGCUAUCUCCUUUACGAUAUUUCCUUAUAAUACCGCUGUCGACGGGAUCUCUAGCCGAGUAUCUACAUCUUCAAAGAGAUGGCACAUUAUGGGCUCUCAGACACUUAAACAGACUACUCCGGUUUCUGCGGUUUGCUUUCCCCGGAGAUGCAACAUAUCACACUAUUUUAUUCUUCAUUUUCGAUGUAUCUGUGCUCUUGUGCUCUGCAAUGAUACACGAUAUAGAUUCGAGCAUGCCAAUGCGCGAAGUGGCAUUGAAGGCAGUUGAUGGGUCCCUUGGCGUGAUGAGAACUCUGGAGCGCCACUCGCCGAUACCAAAACACUCUUACAAAAUCCUCAGUCGCAUUUAUGAAGAGGUUUUGAGACUACCGGCAACAGAUGAUACCCACAGAGUUAAGAAGCGAAGGCUGGACCAUUUGCCGGAUCGAGUAUUCCCUAAUCGAAGAGUAGAAUACAUGCCUGAGCUGGAUGAAUUCUGGGAUAAUUAUGACUUCAGUUUUACUGGUCCUGGAGAGAAUGGUUCCAUCGAAUCACAUGUUACUACCGAUAACGCCGCUAUUGUCACUUCAUCAGCGAAUACACGGUCAAGCAGUACGUUAACUGACCAACAGUCCACUCCAUCACAAUACGACGAUGAAGAUGCGGAGAUCGUCGAAAUGUUAUCAGCUUGUAUUAGGUCGUCCAAUUUGGAAGAUCGAUCUACGGCUAUCACACCAUCGAAUACACUCAUGCAUCAUGUUAUCAAGUCCGUACCCGAGCCGAUUGAACAUUCAGACAAUAGCGGGACUACUUUUUCGGCUCACGAUGCAAUCGGCUUUGAACACUUAAUAAGAUAUCUCAACGACGGUGUUUGGGAUAGAGUAUGCGGAUUGGAUCAACUCGAACAGCCAGGUCUUAUGGACUGA